AUGCCAAGUUAUGACCAGCAACUUCAUGCAGCAGCAGUCACUGGGGAUAAAGCAAACCUGACCAGACUUUUACUCACCAACAAUUUUUACCCAGAUGUAGUUGAUCAAUUUGGCCGCACCCCGCUCAUGUAUUGUGUACUUGCUGAUCGGCCAUACUGUGCGAAAAUUCUAAUCAAGGCUGGGGCUAAUGUCAAUCUAAAGGACAAAGGUGGACGCACAGCUCUCCACGGUGCUGCACAAAAGGGUAAUUUUCGACUGAUGAAAUUACUUAUGACAAAAGGUGCCAAUUGUUGGGUGAAAGAUAACGAGGGUCAGACAGUGAUGCACCUGUGCACACGGCAUAAGUCCUUAAAGUGUCUCACUUUACUGCUCAAGCAACUCACACCUGGGGAAGUGGACGACCAAGAUAAAUAUAAGAGAACAGCACUUCAUCGAGCGGCUUCCUAUGGAAACAUUGACCAUGUGAAAAUGCUUAUAAAACAGGGUUCUAACAUCAGUAUUCCUGACAGUGAAGGCAAAACACCUCUCCACUGGGCAGCAAGUAGCAAAGAUCCUUCCGCUGUAGCAUGUGUCAAGGUCUUGCUUGAAGCUGCUCCAACAGUUGUCAAUUGGCAAGAUUAUGAAGGAAGAACAGCUCUUCAUUCUGCUGUGGCUGAUGGAAAUGAGGCGAUUGUAAAAGUCCUUACGUCCUUUGAAAACUGCCAUGUAUCAGAAUUGGACAAUAAUUUUCGAACUCCUUUGCACUGGGCAGCAGAUUUAGGACAUUCCCAAAUUAUAAGCAUCUUACUGGACAAUGGUGCCGACUAUGCCUGUUCGGAUUCUAACAGUGCUACACCCUUGCAUUAUGCUGCCAAAAACAAUUCUGCACAAACUGUUGAAGUGUUUCUUUCACGGAAGAACGUGACUGAUGAGCCAGAUGUGGAGGGACGUACUGCAUUCAUGUGGGCUGCUGGAAAAGGUGCUGAUGAGGCCAUAAAAACAUUUAUUAAAUACGAUGUAGAUAUUCAACAAGUUGACAAAAACAGUGAAACUGGUAAGUAA